CUCAGCACACAACUCGGCGGCUGUGCGUGCACUCUCAGUGAGUUACUCAGCCGGUCGCGCGUCGACUUGAGUCAGUCGCAAGGCGAACGCAGUUGUACGCGCACACGAAAUAAAUUCAUAUUGUUUAAUAAGUUACAAGUGCGCGAACACGAUCCAUCCGACGCAAGUUACUCGUAUAUUUUGACUUGAAUUAAAAUAAGUGCUGUAGUGAAUUGUUUCAUUGGAUUAAUUCUUCUAUUCUGAUCAAAUCAUCUUCCUGAAGGUCACCACCAACAUCUAAUGUAAAAGUUAACGCGUGUUUCGCAAUCAUGCGAUAAUUACUCGCUCAUCACAUAAAAGUGCAAAAGUUUGCGCAGAUCUAAUCGCUAGUUCUAAUACCGAAUAAUUUACGCGAAUUUAAACCAAGUGCGAGAUGACUGAAGACGACGUCAUUGACGCGGCGAUAUUAUCACGGCCACCACGGCCCAAAAAGGUGCCGUCCAUCGAAGCACUAAACAGCGAGAUGCCCGGCAGGAUAUUCGCCAAAGAUCGCGGCCGGCGAGCGCUGAAAACUUUCCUUAAUAAACUACGUCUUCGGCGCUGCGCUACCGCCAGCAUCAGUCAACCGGACCCGACAUAUAAAGUUGCCUACCAGGCAGUUCCCAGUCACAGGAUGGGUGACGGUUGCGUUGAAAAACCGUUGGCAACCCUUUGGCGUAACUACACCCAGUCCUCCCGCCCAGAUGUACGCAUGCAGUUGACUGUAAGCGGGGGCGGUUUGAAAGCAACAACGAGGGACCACGGCCUCACGGAAUACUGGGCAAACCGACUGACGACAUGCGCAGCACCACCACAUUUCCCCCGCCUUUUCUGUUGGGUGUACCGACAUGAGGGGCGGCGAUUACGGCACGAGUUGCGUUGUCACGCUGUGCUCUGCCCCUCCGCCUCCGUCGCACGGCAAAUCGAAGAGAAACUCAAGGAUUCCCUCACGCUGGCACUCAAUGAGUUCCGGCGUGAUAAAAUCAGCAAACAAAAUGCCCGCCUUUCAUUGAUCAACUCCAUGUAUGAGAAUCCUACGAUACCCAGACGGAAGAUACUCUUAGCUACAGGAUCCACCAACUAUAGACCUCCUUUAGAACGUUCGAAAUCAGCUCCUAAACUCACCAGCAUUGAAGAAAACCUCGAGGAAACCGAGGAGAUCUUUGAAGGGCGUUCGAGGAACAAAUCAAGGGUUGCCAGCAACUGUGACCGGGCUUUAUUAAACAAACGCAAUAGUCUUAGGAGACAGUUGCAUAAUUCCAGCAAGAUUUACCCGAUUUGUGAGAUAACCCAGGAUGAUUACGUGGAUGAAGAUGAAGAAGUCGAUGAGGAUGUUGAUAUUGAUGAAAUGACCGAUGUGGAUCGACAGAAUCUUAUCCUGGAUAAACUGGUAGAGGAUUCCUUUGCGAAUGAAAUACUCGAAUCGUGUAACAUGAACGGUUGGCUGCGAAACUUUGAAAAACCCGAUGAUGAAGGAUCUUUAUCCAGUGGAUGUGAAAGUGCAAGCACUGUCACCUCGGAAACCGAAUCAAACGCCUUCAAUCCCAUUAUAGAAACAUCGGAGGAAAGCGAUGAGAGUACACCACAAAAUGGCGGCCAAAUCACAAACACGACAAAGACUGAAUUAGAUUUUAAAGUCGGCGGUUGCGUGCUCAACCGCGUGAAGAGUUUCGAAAGCAAAUAUUGUCCGAUGAAGACGAACAUCAACAACAACACGAUUCUUGAUAACGAUGAGGUGUCGCUGAUUCCCGUUGGUGAAACACAGCCGGAUUUCAGUUCGUUGAAAGUAUUCAAGAAGCGGUGUAUGUCAGACACGGAGCAGGUGUUUGAAGAUGAUGGAUCUGAAGAGGAAAAUGGCAGCGCGUGUAGUGACGAGAGCGGAUACGAUGAAGUCAUCGAUUGUGCGAGUUCUGUCGCGAAUAUAGUCCUGGUUUAAACUGGAAAACUACAGAACGCGAAUUAAAUCCAAAGAUUUCUCAAAUCGUGCAGUUUGUUAAAUUAUUAGAAACGUGCGUAGAUGGUACUAGAUCAAUGAGGUGAACAUAUCCAUAGGUUGUAUAGAUUGUACCUACAUUUAUACUCAUAAGAAAAUUCUGUUUCGUUGAGUGAACGAUUGAAAAGUGCAAAUGUACGAACAGAUGAAAUUGUACAUUGUUUCUGCAAAUAGAACUAGCUAGUAAUGUAUUGUAUGUGUAUAAAUAGCAGAUUUAUAUCUAAUGUUAGUUGUACUAGAUUAAUACACACUAAUUGAUAGACUUUUAUUCUUGUGAUGUGAUUUCAAGCGGUUUAUCAAUAUGACUGACUUGGAUUAAUUGUAUUAUAGUUACGCAUGUGUGCAACAAUUGUAUUUGUUAUUAUUGUAUUUUGUUUUUUAUUUUCAAAAACAUGUAUUUUACUUUAAACUACAA